AUGGCCUCUAUCUCGAAUUGGGUCCGAUACAUGGCUCACAAGCUGGAGUAUUCCCUCACUCUCAGCCUCAAGAAACAUACUAGAGAGAAACUCAGUGACAAGGAGCUCAUUGGUAUAGUCAUGAAGAAUCUAUUCUAUGGAAGGAUAACUUACUUACACUCGAAUAAAGGACAAGAGAUGGCCCCAACCAUGGGAACAAAUGAAAACACGCUACUUGUCCGUAAGCUACCAGUUGUUGAUACAAGGUAUGUUUUCGUUGGAGAUGCUGUUGUCUUGAAGGACCCGAAUGAAACUAAUAAGUAUCUAGUCAGAAGGUUAGCAGCUAUAGAAGGAUACGAAAUGGUAUCAAGUGAUGAGAAAGAAGAGCCUUUUGUUCUCGAAAAGCAUCAGUGCUGGGUCGUAGCUGAGAAUCAAGAGAUGAAAUCUAAGGAAGCAUAUGAUAGUCGAACGUUUGGUCCGGUUUCAAUGGCAGACAUAGUAGGAAGAGCUAUAUAUUGUCUGAGGACAGCCGUGGAUCAUGGUCCAGUAAGUAACAGUGAAUUUGCCAUGGAAGAGGAUUCUCCAAUCCUGGCGGUAGAACUUGACGUGGAUGAAUUGGCGAAAGACCACAAGGCGUAA